UGUGUUAAUUCCUUGACCGAUGGGCCCAUUUUUGCUAGUUCUGAAUUUCCUCGCUGGACUGUGUUUUUGUUUAUUCGCUCGGGUCUUUAGUGAUAAGGACACACAGGAACACAUCAAUAUGAAGAGAGGAGAUGAUUGCACCCUCCAAACUGGUACCGUCAGACGUUCGAGCAUGAUAAUACUAUGGAGUUUCAUUAGGCCUACUACUGAUAACGAUUUACAUAUAGCCCAGCUGUACAAGGACAACGCUGAAAUAAUGCCCACUGAUCAGUUUAGAAACAGACUGCAUUUGGACAGACAUACUGGGUCUCUUACAGUCACGGAUAUUGGCUUCAUGGAUUCUGGUCUUUAUAAACUUAAUAUUCGAGGAGGAACACAGAACUCAUACAAGGAAUUCGAUGUGAUCGUAUAUGGUGAUGUAGGUGUACCCAUGGUGACUGUUUACCACAGCAAAACAAAACUAGAUAGAAACUGUUCAGUGGAGUGCAGUGUGGAGAAUGGGAGAGAGGUGACCCUGUCCUGGUACAGAGGAAAUGACCUGUUGAACCAGACCAGCAGCCCUGAUCUCAACAUGACCCUCAGAGUCCCUCUGGAGGUUGAACGCCAUGACAACAGUAUCUACAGCUGUGUGGCUGCAAACCCAGUUAGCAACCAGACCAUUUUUCUCAACAUCACUGCCACCUGCUCUGCCCCCCUAGCUACAGUAUGUAGUACCUGUCCCCCAUCUCCAUCCCUCCCUCCCAUCUACAAGCCUGGAGACCCUGUCCCAGAGAUUUUCCCCGACAGCAAACUGGAUGUGUGCAAUGGACUGGAUGACCUUGACUUUGCGGAUGACCUGGCCCUUGUCUCCCACUCCCAGCAGUGGAUGCAGGAAAAGACCAGCACCGCCGCAGCCAACUCCACUCAUCUUGGCCUCAACAUCCACAAAGGAAAGAGCAAAGUCCUCAAGGUCAACACCAACAACACAAAGCCCAUCCUGCUGGAAGGUGAGGCGCUAGACGAGCUGAAUAACUUCACCUACCUUGGCAGCAUUGUCAACAAGCAGGGUGGAGCUGACACAGAUGUGAGACAACGAGGAACUCUGGCAACGCACAAACCAAACGACCUGUUGACGAAGAAAUUAUUCAACAGCGCUGGAGAUGGUCAGGGCAUACCCUUCGCAAACCUGCGUCGAACAUCACCAGACAGUCUCUAUCAUGGGACCUGGAAGGGAAAAGAAAGAGGUCGACCACGAAACACACCCAACAUCAUCAGUAGAGGAGAUUCUCACCCCAACACAAGGACCAUCACUGGGCCUGAGAGCCGCGCUCUGUCAAGGCCGGAAUCCCAGUCCAGCUCCAGCUGUCAGGUGCUGUGUUCUGUGAAGAAUGACAGAGAGGUGUCCCUGUCCUGGUUCAGAGGGAAUGACAUUCUCAACCAAACAAGCAGUCCUGAUGCCAGCAUCACCCUGUCCCUCCCUCUGGAUAUAGAUGACCAGGAGGACACGGUCACUUACAGAUGUGUGUCUGCUAAUCCUGCCAGCAAUUACACCACUCACCUUGACAUCCCUGCAGUGUGUCCUUAUAAGAAUCAAAAAGUUACAAGUUAG